ACUCCAGCAGCAGCUCCUGGAACAAGAAGGGAUCAUGGUGAGAGGGCAGUGGGGACCCCGCAGAGACCCACAGGAGACACGGUGCCUGCUCCUCAAGGACCGCCUGCCCCCUGUACUCUUCCACCCCCCAACCGUCCUGUCCUCAAGGUCAAGUCUCAGCCUGGAUGGCUCCUCCGGUGAUGCCCCGGCUCCCAGCUCUGUGCCCUCCACCUGCCCCCACCCCACGCCCCGGCUACAAAGUCUCCUCUUACCUGCCACGUCCACCGGGAAGUCCGGGAGACGCUUCCCACAGCCUGAGCCCAUGUUCCCCACUCCCUGCGCAGUUCCCACCCCAAUACUCGUCAAGUCCCCAUGCAAAACCAUGCAAAACCAUGCAAAGCAUUUGGCCCCAAGCCUGUGGGUCCGCGGCGCCUGCCUCCCUGCCUCCCUCUCCCAUGCGAUCCUGCUGCAUGGUGUGCCCAUGACCUGCCCACUGCCCUCCCCUGGGCCCUGCCGUAGGCCCCAAACCCCACCUCUCACUGGGGGUGCAGGAGGCUCCUUGCUGCCACCCCGCUUCCAUGGCCCCACCCUCUGUCCCCAAUCCAACAGCAGAGGAUCUUCUAAAAACGAGGCUCAGCCCUACUCAGGCCCCCCACGCUUCUCAUCUCACUCGGAGUAAAGGCCCAUCUUCAGACAUCAGGAACAUUAGUUUUUACACCGGCCCCGGCUCUGGAAGUAAGGACACUUGACUCGACUCUCCAGCUUCGCUGUCCCGCCCAGGGCUGCUACUUGUGAGUACUACACAGCCACCCCACCCCAACCCCCUUGACCCUGGACACUGAGGUGAGGCUCUGGACACACUGGCACGCCUGUCACCACCUGCAGCCUUCCUGCACAAGCCCCCUUCUCAGGGCCCCCUUCCCAACCACCCUGUAUAAAAGGUCAGCCCCACCUCAUUUGCUGGCAGUGCCACACACAGGAUGCCCUUGAGGCACUACAGGUAGGGACUGUGGAAGACCAGCUCCUCCCAGGGCGGUGGGUCCCAGGGCUCACACCCCAGCCCAGGUGCACAGGAGGGCACUUGGCACAUGGUUUGAGUAAAAAAAAUUUGUAAAAUGAACAAAUAAAUCAAUUAUUUAUUCCA